AGCCAUAGAUCAGGUCAUGUCUCACUGCCCUACUACGGUCCUGUGACUCUUGAAGGCUCCCUGUCAUGACCACUUCUUAUGUUCCUACCUCAGAGCCAGGGGCCGGCAGUACCCCCCCACCCUCCAGAAGGUUUAGAUGAGGACUGCUACGAGGAGGCUGAGCCUUUUGUUCCAGUCAAUCACUCAGCAGGUAUGCUCAACAAGUCAUUAGAUACAGCAGUCUCUCUCUCUCGCGUUCUCUCUAUCCCUCUCUCUCUCGCACUCUCUCUCGCUCUCUCUGUCAACAGCCAUUGCCAGCAACUUGGGUUACUUUCACAAUGGGAUACAUGUAACCUUGUGCCGUUUCUACAGUCAAAGAAUUACAUUUGAAAGUUCCAUUCAUGUGUUAUACAUGUAUAUGUGCUAUAUUUCAUCCUCAAACCUUUGAACUUCCACAGUUGUAUACUGUGGAUUUUACUCUACAUAAAAACCCAGCGUGUCUCUUUUUACCACAUUCUGAAAAGUGGUGUCGAAACAGGUUUGUCAAAAAUAUUAAUACCGAAAUGCAUCCCCUGUGUGUACGUGUGUGCUCGCGUGAGUGUCUGUGUUUUCUCCAGACAAAUGUGACUCAGACAGCAGUCACUACGAGUCAUAUGGUGAGGAAGAUGAGGAGGAGUUUAUGAAGGACCGGGCCCACUACAUCCAGUGGAGUGCCUCCCAGCCCUGUCUGCGGCCCACUUCUGAGUCACGCAUCUGUGGCUACCUGUGGCGGAAGAAAUGGCUGGGCCAAUGGACCAAACAACUCUUUCUCGUCCGCAACAAUCUGCUGUUGGUAAGCACAUCCCUAAGGACAAAACACACUGCACGAUCACCUGCUGGGUGUCGACUAAUGUGUUUCGAACAUGUUUUGUCCAUGUAGCUUACUAAAGCCGUAAAAAAAAAGGCCAUUAACCUCGAAACAUGUCUGUUAUAUAAAGGAAGGAAGGGUUUGUAUGGCUCUGUUUUAUGUCGUAUUCACAGAAUAGCCCGUACAUUGUUCAUCCUAUUUGCCUGUUUCAAGUUGCUUCUAGUGCUACAAGGGGGGGUAGCCUAGUGCUUAAGAGUGUUGGGCCAGUAACCGAAAUGUUGCUGGGUCGAAUCCCAGAGCCGACUAGGUGAAAAAUCUGUCGAUGUUCCCUUGAGCAAGGCACCUAGCCCUAAUUGCGCCUGUAAGUCACUCUGGAUAAGAUGGUUGCUAAAUUAGUAAAAUGUUAGACAAAGUGAUACUGUCAAGAGCAUUGUGUGGGUUUUCCUUUUCUUUUAAGAUAUAAUUGAAUUACUCCCACGCACCUGCUACAAGCUCAGAUGUCCUUUUCCUAUUUUGAAUCACAGUGCUACAAAUGUGCCAAGGACCUCUACCCGCUGCUGGAGCUCAACCUGCGGGGCUGCCAGGUGGUGUACAAGUCCAAGCACAACAAGAAGAUGCAGCACGAGCUCAAGGUUGUGGCUGGCUCCGACACAGUGGUGAUGGGCUUCCAGAGCUGCCAGCAGGCGGAGGAAUGGAGGAAGGUUUGGAGGUGUUUGUCAUUACAGCAUAGUCUCACACAGGACUGCGAUAGACUAGUGUCCUGUCCAGGGGGUGUACUUGUACAUCAAGCUGCCUCACACUAUAGAAACAGGAGAUAGGCUCCUGCCCUACGGGCCGUUCUGGCUCAGACAAGGCAACUAUAGUCCCACAGUUUGAUACAGCAAUUGACUGAAGGGGAGCAAAGGGAGGGGUAAGAGGAAAUGCCUUUUUUGGAUGUGUAAUGCCCAUGAUUGUCCAAACAGGCAUGCCUAACCUAUCUGAGAUAAAGGCGGUUAUUAUCAGGUUAUUAUCAGGAUAGGAGAAAUGGACAGUUAUAGCUGUAUUUAGGAUUGGGAGAUAUAGGGUAUGGCUGGAUGAGUGUAGGUGUUCAGGGGCGGUUUCCCGGACACAGAUUAAGCAUAGUCCUGGACUAAAAAGCAAGAUCAAUCGAUAUUCUCCAUUGAAAAUUAUUUUUAGCCCAGGACUAGACUUAAUCUGUGUUCGGGAAACUGCACCAAAAAAUGUUGUGUGUAAGGUGUUUUGAAUUCUUACUGGUUGUCUGGCUGGUCCCCUAGGUAAUUGAGGAGGUGAAUAGCUCCUCCUAUGAUGAGCCAGAGUCCCAAAGGUUCUCCUUGUUACUCAAGUGUGACAGACUGGACUCUUGCAGGGUAAGUCAUCUGCCGCUAUAAGAAUUAAAGCUACUCCUGCCCCUAUUUAACGUUAACAUUCAAUUAACUUCCUCUCAGUUUGACUGAAUAAGGUGGCUCAGAUUUUCUCUAAAUUCUGCCCUUUCAUGUGUUGUUUCUCUCGCAGUCAAGCACAGUCAAUCACACUUCAGACUCGGAUGAAGAGAAAAUGUCGGCGCUGCCCUCUGCUCUCAGCAGUGUGGAAAUUAAGGAUAAAGGUAAGCCUAUUCCCCCGUUUGUCAACAUGAACAAAUGCCGCUCUGUUUCAAAGGCUAUCGAUAGCUCCAUCUUAAAUUGUUUCGUAGUGACUGAACGAGUCACUGAGGACUCCGUGAAGCAGUGAAAUGUGGUCAGUGUAAAUGUGAAAAUGAAUGAAAAAAUAACUGUAAUGAAAAGUAAGUAAAUAUACAUUUGAUCAAUCAUUAUUUUGUUAUCAUGUUUUUUCUGCAUGAUAAAAUCGAUUUCUGAACUAUACUGAACAAAAUUAUAAACGCAAUAUGUAAAGUGUUGGUCCCAUGUUUCAUGAGCUGAAAUAAAAGAUCGCAGAAAUGUUCUAUACGCACAAAAAGCUUAUUUCUCUCAAAUGUUGUGCACAAAUUUGUUUACAUCCCUGUUAGUGAGUAUUUCUCCUUUGCCAAGAUAAUCCAUCCACCUGACAGGUGUAGUAUAUCAAGAAGAUGAUUAAACAGCACAAUCAUUACACAGGUGCGCCUUGUGCUGGGGACAAUAAAAGGCAAUUUUAAAGUGUGCAGUUUUAUCACACAACACAAUACCACAGAUGUCUCAAGUUUUGAGGGAGCGUGAGGUUGGCAUGCUGACUGCAGGAAUGUCCACCAGAACUGUUGGCAGAUAAUUGAAUGUUAAUUUCUCUAUCUGUCACGAUCGUCAUAGACAGUGGACCAAGGCGCAGCGUGAUAGGCGUACAUCUUUUAAUUGAGUACUUUAUACACUACAACAAAACAACAAAACGAUACGUGAAGUCUAAGGUUCACCAACACAAACCUACACAGAACAAGAUCCCACAAAUAGCUAUGCCAAACAGGCUGCCUAAGUAUGGUUCCCAAUCAGAGACAACGAGAAUCAGCUGCCUCUGAUUGGGAACCACCCUGGCCAACAUAGAUCUACAUGAUCUAGAACAUAACAUAGAAAAUACAACAUAGAUAAUCCACACCCUGGCUCAACAUAUAAGAGUCCCCAGAGCCAGGGCGUGACAGUACCCCCCCCCCCCCCCCCCCCCCCCCCCCCCCCCAAAGGCGCGGACUGUGACCGCGCCAACCAAAACCAACAGGGGAGGGACCGGGUGGGCAUUCCGCCUCUGAGGCAGAUCCGGCUCCGGGCGUGACCACCACUCUCUCGCUACCCCCCCCCCCCCGUAGCGCCCCUGGUCUGGUCCCGCUGGCCGGACCUGGACUGGACACCGUUGGAGCGGAUUGCUCUGGCUCCGCAGUGGAGCAGCUGACCGGUACCUGACCAGGCACCGGUGAAACAGGCAUGGGCUGUGCCGGACUGACGACGCGCACCACAGGCUUGGUGCGGGGAGCAGGAACGGGCCGGACCGGGCUGACGACGCGCACCAUUGGCUUGGUGCGGGGAGCAGGAACGGGCCGGACCGGGCUGGCGACACGCACCAUAGGCUUGGUGCGGGGAGCAGGAACGGGCCGGACCGGGCUGACGACGCGCACCACAGGCUUGGUGCGGGGAGCAGGAACAGGCCGGGCCGGGCUGGCGACGCGCACCAUUGGCUUGGUGCGAGGGGCAGGAACAGGCCGGGCCGGGCUGGCGACGCGCACCAUAGGCUUGGUGCGAGGGGCAGGAACAGGCCGGGCCGGGCUGGCGACGCGCACCACAGGCUUGGUGCGGGGAGCAGGAACAGGCCGGGCCGGGCUGGCGACGCGCACCAUAGGCUUGGUGCGGGGAGCAGGAACAGGCCGGGCCGGCGAGACGGACUGUAGGUCUGGAGCAAAGAGCUGACACAACCCGUCCUGGCUGAAUGCCUGUUUUUACACACACUGUGUGAGGCAUCAGCACAGGACGUACAGGGCUGUGUACUCGUACUGGCACUACAGCACGUGACACUGGCGCAGGAUAUCCGGGACCGAGGAGGGGUACUGGAGGCCACGAGCGUUGAGCCGGCACACUCCGUCCUGGCUGCAUGCCCACCUUAGCACGACACGUGCGUGGUGCUCGCACAGGACGUACCGGACUGUGCCGGACCACUCGCGGCACAGUACGCAGCUCCACAUACCUCGGAACCUGCCCAGUCUCACGCUGCCUAGCCUGAGUACGGGGAGUUGGCUCUGCUCUACCUCUAGGCUCCGCCAACCUCCCUUCCAGCCCCCCAAACCCGGUGGCCUCCUCUCCUAAUCCACAAACUCGCCCAGUAGCUGCCUCCAGCAGCCCCGUCGUCCAUGCUGUGUGCCCCCCCCCCCAAAAAAAAAUAUUGGGGUUGCCUCUUGCGUGUCCGACGUCGGCCCGGUUGGCGCCGCUGCUCCUCUCUAUGGCGCGCCUCCACCGUCUCCUCCCACGGACGGCGAUCCAUACCGGCCUGGAUCUCCUCCCAAGUCCAGGACCCCUGCCCGUCCAAGAUCUCCUCCCAAGUCCAGGCUGUCUGCUCCUGGACACGCUGCUUGGUCCUGUUAUGGUGGGAUCUUCUGUCACGAUCGUCAUAAACAGUGGACCAAGGCGCAGCGUGAUAGGCGUACAUCUUUUAAUUGAGUACUUUAUACACUACAACAAAACAACAAAACGAUACGUGAAGUCUAAGGUUCACCAACACAAACCUACACAGAACAAGAUCCCACAAAUAGCUAUGCCAAACAGGCUGCCUAAGUAUGGUUCCCAAUCAGAGACAACGAGAAUCAGCUGCCUCUGAUUGGGAACCACCCUGGCCAACAUAGAUCUACAUGAUCUAGAACAUAACAUAGAAAAUACAACAUAGAUAAUCCACACCCUGGCUCAACAUAUAAGAGUCCCCAGAGCCAGGGCGUGACAGUACCCCCCCCCCCCCCCCCCCCCCCCCCCCCCCCCCCCCCCCCCUCCUCCCCCAAAGGCGCGGACUGCGACCGCGCCAACCAAAACCAACAGGGGAGGGACCGGGUGGGCAUUCCGCCUCUGAGGCAGAUCCGGCUCCGGGCGUGACCACCACUCUCUCGCUACCCCCCCCCGUAGCGCCCCUGGUCUGGUCCUGCUGGCUGGACCUGGACUGGACACCGUUGGAGCGGAUUGACCAGGCACCGGUGAAACAGGCACGGGCUGUGCCGGACUGACGACGCGCACCACAGGCUUGGUGCGGGGAGCAGGAACGGGCCGGACCGGGCUGACGACGCGCACCAUUGGCUUGGUGCGGGGAGCAGGAACGGGCCGGACCGGGCUGGCGACACGCACCAUAGGCUUGGUGCGGGGAGCAGGAACGGGCCGGACCGGGCUGACGACGCGCACCAUUGGCUUGGUGCGAGGGGCAGGAACAGGCCGGGCCGGGCUGGCGACGCGCACCAUAGGCUUGGUGCGAGGGGCAGGAACAGGCCGGGCCGGGCUGGCGACGCGCACCACAGGCUUGGUGCGGGGAGCAGGAACAGGCCGGGCCGGGCUGGCGACGCGCACUGCCUGCUGUUCUCCACCUGUAACAGCGAGUGGACAAGAGUCGGUUACUGCGACUUGAACAAUUUACCUAUAGCACUCAACAAGCAUGAGAAAUCUGUCUCGCAUCCAAAGUCAGAUAGCUCUUAAGACAUUUGGCAGUUCAUGGAUAGAUCUGGCAUUGAUUGAACAUCAGCAUGCACAAUGCAAAGGUAAAAGAGAACAGUGAUAUUUUGAAAGACCUAGCUAAUUCAUGCUACAUGCUACCUUGGUAAACAGGAGUUGCCACUUCGUGGCAAUGAUGAGAGUGUCAGCUCAUCAAACAGGCCCAGGGACAACUAUGUGGAACUAUAACAUGCCUUUGCUGAAAAUAAAUAACAGUUAGCAACCCAUUUACCGCAACCUGCCAUCGUGUUCGCUUUUUGCUCAUGGCCUAUGAUGGAAUUUUCAAUGAAACUGAUGCGCUCUUCCGUGUUCUGCAGAACAAAGAGAUGGAUAUGGAUGUCUGCCGUACCCGUAUCAGCAACACAAUGAAACCACUGGAACGGCAGCGACAAGACUUUGAUAGUUUCUUUGAGCGAUAUGUGUGCUUUUAUCUAGGCCAACAGUGCACAACAAUGCCUAAUUUAUCAUAACCAUUACAGAUAACAAAUCCUAAUUGCUAAAUUGCCCCGUAUAUACUGAACAAAAAUAUAAACGCAACAUGCAACGAUUUCUAAGAUUUUACUAAGUUACAGUUUAAGUAAGGAAAUCAGUCAAUUGAAAUAAAAUAAUUAUGCCCUAAUCUAUGGAUUUCACGACUGGGAAUACAGAUAUGCAUCUGUUGGUCACAGAUACCUUUUUUUAAAAGGGAGGGGUGUGGAUCAGAAAACCAGUCAGUAUCUGGUGUGUCCACCAUUUGCCUCAUGCAGCGCAACACAUCUCCUUUGCAUAGAGUUGAUCAGGCUGUUGAUUGUUGAUUGUGGCCUGUGGAAUGUUGUCACUCUCCUUUUCAAUGGCUGUGCAAAGUUGCUGGAUAUUGGCAGGAACUGGAACACGCUGUUGUAUGUCGAUCCAGAGCAUCCCAAACAUGCUCAAUGGCUGAGGUCUGGUGAGUAUGCAGGCCAUGGAAGAACUGGGACAUUUUCAGCUUCCAGGAAUUGUGUACAGAUCCUUGCGACAUGGGGCUGUGCAUUAUAAUGCUGAAACAUGGCAUGACAAUGGGCCUCAGGAUCUCGUCACGGUAUCUCUGUGCAUUCAAAUUGCCAUCGAUAAAAUGCAAUUGUGUUGGUUGUUCGUAGGUUAUGCCUGCCCAUACCAUAACCCCACCGCCACCAUGGGGCACUCUGUUCACAACAUUGACAUCAGCAAACCACUCGCCCACACGACGCCAUACACGUGGUCUGUGGUUGUGAUGCUGGUUGGACAUACUGCCAAAUUAUCUAAAACGACGUUGGAGGCGGCUUAUGGUAGAGAAAUUAACAUUCAAUUAUCUGGCAGCAACUCUGGUGGACAUUCCUGCAGUCAGCAUGCCAAUUGCAUGCUCCCUCAAAACUUGAGACAUCUGUGGCAUUGUGUUGUGGGACAAAACUGCACAUAUUGUCCUCAGCACAAGAUACACCUGUGUAAUGAUCAUGCUGUUUAAUCAGCUUCCUGAUAUGCCACACCUGUCAGGUGGAUGGAUUAUUUUGGCAAAGGAGAAAUGUUCACUAACAGGGAUAUAAAAAAAAUUGAGAAAAAUUAUAUUUUUGUGCAUAUGGAACAUUUCUGGGAUCUUUUUUCCGCUCAUGAAACAUGGGACCAAUACUUUACAUGUUGAGUUUAUAUUUUUGUUCAGUGUAUAUUCAGUCAAUAGAAAAACAAGUGCCAUUUAAGAUUGAUUUAUUGAAACCGUAAUAUCAACUGGUUAUAUUAUAUCGUGGAACACAAUCUUUAAAAAGGCAGUAACCUCAGCAGUGGUGCUUGCUUGUAGAAGCCUAUGGCUGUGCAAUGGCAUAGCCUUGUUUUGAUCAUUUAGCAGACAACACUCUUAUUUCCCAAGCCUUUAUCACAGUCAAGACACACCUAUUUUAUAGUAAAAAACGUAAUGUAAUAUAACAGAAUAAAAUAGAACAGAAUAUUUUUCCCAAUGGAAAAAGUUGGCAGUGCGAAAUGAUAUGCAUCUCGCGUCUGGAACAGUUAUUCUCAAAGAGUGAAAAUGUGAAACCGGGCUUAAUUUGGCGAGUUGAAAUUUAAAAAAUGUCAGGGUUACAAUUAAAAAUAUGUCUUCUUUUUGAUAUACAUACGUUCGGUUUAGUUUAUUCUGCCUGUUCUUUGGAAUGUUCUAAAAUGGACAAUUCCACAUUGAACACUGCAUGGUGAUAAAUUACGGCCACCACAUCUGUUUUGUGAGUAGGCCUAGGCUUAAUGAUUCUGAUGAAAAUAUGCGCUUUGUGUUCAUCAUACUAAUGUUUUUGCAUAUUUUCAGUGUGGAACCUACCUAUGUUAUAGCCUAGCCCUAGGCUAACCAAUUCUAAAUGGCACUAGCAGUUCGCAAAGUAGCCUAAGCAGAAAAUAGACGGGACACAAUUAUUCCCAAACUGCAGCUCGUUGUUGGAACACAUUUUGAAUUUGUGAUAAAACUGUCAUCAUUUGGCAAGGAUUGUAGGUUGUGAAUCCCAUCAGUUAGAUACGUUUUUAUAGACAUGUAUUUCUGUAGGCCUAAUGGGAGCUUGUGUGCGCACUCAAGGACGCGUUUGUAGAGGGCGCAGUCAGAAUCCAAUUGAGUGAGUGAGACACAGAAGGGAAAGGGAAUUUAGAGAAAAGAACUGCGUGAUGCUUGGCUUGGUUUCAUGUCCGGCAAAUGCGCAUGGAGGCCUAUGGAACACUAGAGUCAAAGCAAAUUUACAUUGUCUUCAAGACAAAAUGUCAAUUUUUUUCUAAUCACAAUUCACCAAAUAUUUUUAAAUUAUAUAUUACUUUUUUUAUGAUCUCUGGUUAAAGAUCGAGUUUUGACGUCCGUCGAAAUUCAUGCCCAUCCCCGCCUCUGACAUGAACUUUGUUUUUGUUAGAAAAUUUUUACAACUUGUUGGACGAUAUUACUUACCAAGCAGAGCUGUUUUAUCAAGGUACAAAUAUCCUGUUCUUUUUCAUUUUGAGCAUAGGUAUACAGACACAGCUUGGCUACAUUGUAACUACGAAGCGGCCACGGUUGUGCUCGCAUAUGGGGCUCAGCCAGGACUAUUACUUUUUGUAAGUGAAUGGAAAUAUGUGAUUUAACCGAUUGAUGUUGGGAAAAUAAAUGGCAAAAAUGCAGAGUUAAAUGCCUGUAAACAGCUUGGGGAGAAAAAGAAAUCACAGAUUGAAUCAUGUAAUAUUAAGCCUACUGUCACAUGCCCUGCUCUUCCUGGUUUUUAAAGGUGCAAAAACAUACGUUUGCACCCUUAUUUUGAAAGUGGGGAUGCAGCGGCUCCGUUUGCGCCAUUGCUCAGCCGCCUAUGGUAGCGCUGACUAUUAGGCAUUCUGUGUGUGUAGCACUGUCUACAAGUAGGCCUACUCGCUGGCAUUUGGGUCGCUGUCUGUGGUGCUGAAAGUCGCCUGUUCGUGCAGGGCAGUUGUGUGGGGCCCAAGCUAUUAGAGCCUGUGAAUGUGUGUCUAAUGGUUGCGCCGCCUACUUGCUCCUGUUUGAUGGUUGGUUGUGAUUGUUUGUUUGAUGGUUGUCUUUGUGAUCGUGUCAUACGGAUAAACACUGAAAGUGCCUACCCGGCCUCAGACCACAAUGCACUUCACUGCUGUGAAGACAGUGUGGGAUUGUUAACCUCGUUUGGUAGUUAUUAGAGGUCUACCUUUAAGUCAUAACAGGCACGUUGUUGGUGGAACACUGGCUCAUUGUGAACCGGCGAUUCCUGGGGAAUUGGAUUGUCACCUUUUGCACCAUUGGAGUCUGGAGGUGUCCAUAACAGGUUAUUAAACCCCAUGAACCGUGCCAGGCCAACACAACGACUAGGAAAGAGAUACGAAUUCGUUUUUAUUUAUUUUUAUAUUUAAUUAUAUUAUCAUACUUUUUUUUGCUGUUUUUGGAGGGUACAAAUUUGGUGGUUUUAGAUAUAGGCUAUGUCUAAAGUGACACCCUAUUUCCUAUAUAGUGCACUACUUUUGAACAGAACCCUAUGGACCCUGGUCAAAAGUAGUGCACUCUAUAGGGAAUGUGGUGCCAUUUCAGAAACAGCCAUAGGCCCUGCCCAGCUUGUUUGUAGCCCUGAUUGUAUAAUUAGAUAACUGUGAAUAGAGAAGGUGAUGGAAGUCACACCACACACAUGGUGACUUAUUUUCAAUGUCUGUUGAUCUGGGUGUGAACUUCAUGACUAGAGAAUGUAUAAUGGCCAAAGAUGUAUACAAACCGUAUGAUACUCUCAUCAUCUUUGUGUAAGAGUUUGACCUCAGAGACCAGGUACAAAUUGCCCACCAAACAGUUCCAAGUUUCUUUCUGUUGUCAAUGUGUUCUUUUUCUGGCCUCUGUCUGGUAGCCUGCUCUAGAUGUGUUUGUGCUGUCUUGCUAACUCCUGACCAUAGGAGUUGGCAAGACAGUCAUGACCAUAGGAGUUAGUGCCAGACCAGGCUAUCGCAUCUAUCUCAAGACUCUUGUGACCUUUGACCCCAUCCCUGUUUGGGCUGCAGGGUUCCUGAACGUGCUGAUGAACUGCCAGUGGCAGAGCCUGCUGUGCCAGGUAGAGGAUGGGGUGCUGAAAAUGUUCCGAGACGAGGGCUGUGAAGAGUGCCCUCAGUACACGGUACAGCUGAAAGGCUGCCAGGUUCGACCGGGCCCCGACACACCUCAGGCCUACCGCAUCACCGUGGUCCAACACGGAGACCAGGUGGCAGUACUGGAGGUAAGGGCUACGGGGGUGAAGUUUCCCCUAGGUACAGACAGAUCUAGGAUCAGCUUCCCCUCCCCCAAUCUUAACCUUAACAAUUAGUUGGGGAAAUGCAAAACUGACCCAAAAUCGGUGACUAUGGAUAACGUUACCCUUUCAAAGAUAUAGACAGAUUAGACUGUAUGCAGAAUUAAUGGAUACUACUCAGCCAAGGCUUUGGGUGUUGUUAAGGGGGUCAGAAAUAGUUCAUGGAUCACUAUGACUUUGUUAUAUAGUCAUUUAGCAGAUGCUCUUAGCCAGAGCAACUUACAGGAGCAAUUAGGGUUAAGUGCCUUGCACAAGGGCACAUCAAUUUCGGUUACUGGCCCAACACUCUUACCCGCUAGGUUACCUGCCGAUUCACUUAUGUCAGUGUGGUUGAUUUAGAUCAUGGUGGAAAGACAUUACACACUCAAAAGAGAAAGCUUGUUAUUAUGCAAUCACUACCAAAAGCGAUCCAGUUAUUUCCCACAGGUUUAUAUUAAAUAAAAAACAAGUAAAAACCCCAAAAAGGAGCUGUGCAAGAUCAAAAUUGACCAAUUCAUUCCUGGAACAGAGCAUUGUGUGUCUUCUUCAUUCUCUCUAUCUCUCUCUCACACCCCCUCUCUUUCUCUGUUCGUCCAUGUCUCUGUCCAGGCCAGCUGUGCAGAUGAGAAAGAGCAGUGGUUGCAGCUCCUACAGGACGGGAGUGUAAGCCAGGGUCAGGCUGAUUCUCUAUAUCACUAUGACUCAAAGCCCGCUGGAGCCCUCAGGUAAUACAUGUUUAUGAUGAUCACUAGAUCCAUUGGUUUGGCUCUAUAAAACGGGUGGUAUGUAUCAAGCUUCUCAGAGUAAGAGUGCUGAUCUAGGAUCAGCUCCCCCCUGUCUAUUUAGUCUUAUUCAUUGUGAUCUAAAAGGCUAAACUGAUCCUAAAUCAACACUCCUAUUCUGAGACAGUUGAUGCAUACGGACCCAGAACUAUGUUUUGAAAUGCCUAUACAGGGCUACUUGGUUAAAGUUUUUUUUCCCUACCAUCAGUGGUUUGAAGGAACGAAGGUUCCCAACCUCAAACAUGUACAUAGACGACCCCUUUCACCAGCACAGUGGAAGCGGAUGCUCACAACCCAUCUACUCCAACACAGCCAUACUGGAGCACAUGGUAUGGCCCAUUCUGGGGGGGGGGGGGGGGGGGGGGGGGGGGGUUGGGGUCUAGAGAGACUUUGCACCUUCAGACUUGAAUAAGGACACAGUCAGGUGAUAGUCAUAGGCAUACAUUUCUAUUUGUAGUAAACUGUACAGUUGACAACAGUCAAAAGAAACCAGUGUGAUUUUGAUGGACAUACUGUUCGCUGUUGAUAUUUCAAAGGAUUUCCUUUGUUUUGUUCUCAUCAGUUCCAGAAUUCCCAAAACAUCGCCAGGGGAGACUCAGUGUCAUCGAAGGAUUCAGUCAACUACAGCAACACUGAAAUCUUUAACAACCACAGUAAGUCGGAUUCAAUGUUCACCCCUUCAGGUGUUCCUCUCUAGGAGACCACAGACAUACCAUUGGCCAUUUGCACAUAUCCUCCAAUUGAGCAGGCACUAGACCAGGGAUGGGCAACUUUGAUGGGGGUGGGGGCCACAAAAAAUCUGAACUCAUCAUGAGGGGCCGCAGUAGCUGGCCACUAAACUAAUUUAGCAAUCUAAAAAAAUGUUGCUGACAUGGGCUAAGUGGCUGACAUAACAAGAGAAACUGCUGAUGCACAACCAAAUUUCGAAAUUGCACCUUGUGUAUUCUACUAUUCUAACUUACAACAGUAAAUUGAGACCCCGACUGAGGUCCUUCAAAAGGGGGCCGGGCCGCCAGUUUCCCAUCCCUGCACUAGACUAUAGUCAAUCAAAUAAAAGUUUGGUCGCGUACACAGUUUAGCAGAUGUUAUAGCGGGUGCAGCGAAAUGCUUAGCUCCUAACAAUGUAGUAAAAGUACACACAUUUUUAAAAACACAAGAAGAAAUCAAGAAAUGUCAGAAUUAAUCCAAUUAACAACCCAAAUGGCACUGUAACAAUAAUCCAAAUGCAAUCUAUACGUACAGUUUAAGUCGGAAGUUUACAUACACUUAGUCAUUAAAACUCGUUUUUCAACCACUCCACAAAUUUCUUGUUAACAAACUAUAGUUUUGGCAAGUCGGUUAGGACAUCUACUUUGUGCAUGACACGAGUAAUUUUUCCAACAAUUGUUUACAGACAGAUUAUUUCACUUAUAAUGUUCUAUAUCACAAUUCCAGUGGGUCAGAAGUUUACAUACACUAAGUUGACUGUGCCUUUAAACAGCUUGGAAAAUUCAAGAAAAUUAUGUCAUGGCUUUAGAACCUUCUGAUAUGCUAAUUGACAUAAUUUGAGUCAAUUGGAGGUGUACCUGUGGAUGUAUUUCAAGGCCUACCUUCAAACUCAGUGCCUCUUUGCUUGACAUCAUGGGAAAAUCAGAAGAAAUCAGCCAAGACCUCAGAAAAAUUAUUGUAGACCUCCACAAGUCUGGUUCAUCCUUGGGAGGAAUUUCCAAAUGCCUGAAGGUACCACGUUCAACUGUACAAACAAUAGUAUGCAAGUAUAAACACCAUGGGACUACGAAGCCGUCAUACCGCUCAGGAAGGAGACGCGUUCUGUCUCCUAGAGAUGAACGUACUUUGGUGCGAAAAGUGCAAAUCAAUCCCAGAACAACAACAAAGGACCUUGUGAAGAUGCUGGACGAAACAGGUACAAAAGUAUCUAUAUCCACAGUAAAACGAGUCCUAUAUCGACAUAACCUGAAAGGCCGUUCAGCAAGGAAGAAGCCACUGCUCCAAAACCGCCAUAAAAAAAGCCAGACUACGGUUUGCAACUGCACAUGGGGACAAAUAUCGUACUUUUUGGAGAAAUGUCCUCUGGUCUGAUGAAACAAAAAUAGAACUGUUUGGCCAUAAUGACCAUCGUUAUGUUUGGAGGAAAAGGGGGGACUUGCAAGCCGAAGAACACCAUGCCAACCGUGAAGUACGGGGGUGAAAGCAUCAUGCUUGUGACACUCUGGCUCCGGGACUUUUGUAUUUGAGCCAGGGUGUAUUUUGUGUUGUUGGGUUUUGGUUUGGUUAUGUUGGGCAUUUGGGUGUAUUUCUAUGUUGGUAGUUCUGUUGUGUGUAUUUCUAGCUUUGGUCAUUGACUCCCAAUCGGAGGUAACGAGUGUCAGCUGUCGGCUCGUUAUCUCUGAUUGGGAGCCAUAUUUAUUCUGUAUGUUUUCUUGUGGGAAUUGUGGGUUUUUGUUCCAGGUUCAGUCAUAGUCACUGUAGGACUUCACUUUCGUCUUUUGUUUUGUAUUGACGUGCUUGUUUAAAUAAAGUCAUCAUGUUCACUCCAUGCGCUGCGUAUUGGUCCGCUUCCUCAGACGAUCGUGACAGAAAAACCCACCAGAAAAGGACCAAGCAGCGUGUCAAGCGGCAACAGGAUUUAUGGACGCCUAUCAAGGAUUCAUGGACUUGGGAGGAGAUACUGGAUGGAAAGGGUCCUUGGGCACAACCGGGAGAGUAUCGCCGCCCUCGUGAAGAGCUGGAGGCAGCUAAAGCCGAGAGGAGGCGGUAUGAGGAGGCAGCACGGAGUCAAGGCUGGAAGCCCGUGGGUACUACCCAAAAAUUUCUUGGGGGGGGGGCUAAAAGGGAGUGUGGCGAAGUCAGGUAGGAGACCUGCGCCUACUCCCUGGACUUACCGUGGAGAGCGAGAGUACGGGCAGACACCGUGUUACGCAGUAGAGCGCAUGGUGUCUCCUGUACGCAGGCAUAGCCCGGUUCGACACAUUCCAGCUCCACGUAUCGGCCGGGCUAGAUUGAGCAUUGAGCCGGAUGUCAUGAAGCCGGCCCAACGCAUCAGGCCACCAGUGCGUCUUCUCGGGCCGGCGUACAUGGCACCAGCCUUACGCAUGGUGUUCCCGGUUCGCCCUCAUAGGCCGGUGCGGGUUAUUCCACCUCCCCGUACUGGUCGGGCGACGGGGAGCAUCAACCCGGGUAAGGUUGGGCAGGCUCAGUGCUCAAGGGGGCCAGUAAGCCUGCACGGUCCGGUAUGUCCGGCGCCACCUCCCCGCUCCAGCCCAGUACCACCAGUUCCUGCUCUUCGCACUAGGCUUCCUGUAAGUCUGCAGAGCCCUGUGUCUCCUCCACGCACUAGCUGUAUGGUGCGUGUCUCCAGCCUUUUCCCACCAGUGCCUACACCACGCACCAAGUCUCCUGUGUGUCCCCCGAGUCCUGUGCGUCCUGUUGCUGCUCUCCGCACUAGGCGUUAUGAGAGUCCCCAGGGUCCAGUAUGCCCUGUUCCGGCUCUCCGCACUAGCCCUUAUGUGCGUCCCCAGGGUCCAGCAUACCCUGUUGCUUCUCCCCGCACUAGCCCUGAGAUGCGUGUCCUCAGCCCGGUACCUCCAGUUCCGGCACCACGCAUCAGGCCUACGGUGCGCCUCAGACGGCCAGAGUCUGCCGUCUGCCCAACGGGGCCUGAACUGCCCGUCUGCCCUAAGGCGUUUGAACUGGCCGUCUGGACUGAGCCUGCAAAGCCGCCCGUCUGCCAUGAGCCGUCAGAGCUGUCCGCCAGACCGGAGCCGCUAGAGCCUUCCGCCAGACAGGAUCAGCCAGAGCCUUCCGCCAGACAGGAUCAGCCAGAGCCUUCCGCCAGACAGGAUCAGCCAGAGCCUUCCGCCAGCCAUGAGCAGCCAGAUCCGUCAGCCAGCCAUGAGCAGCCAGAUCCGUCAGCCAGCCAUGAGCAGCCAGAUCCGUCGGCCAGCCAUGAGCAGCCAGAUCCGUCAGCCAGCCAUGAGCAGCCAGAUCCGUCAGCCAGCCAUGAGCAGCCAGAUCCGUCAGCCAGCCAUGAGCAGCCAGAUCCGUCAGCCAGCCAUGAGCAGCCAGAUCCGUCAGCCAGCCAUGAGCAGCCAGAUCCGUCAGCCAGCCAUGAGCAGCCAGAUCCGUCAGCCAGCCAUGAGCAGCCAGAUCUUUCAGCCAGCCAUGAGCCGUCCAGCCAGGAUCCGCCAGAGCCGUCCAGCCAGGAUCCGCCAGAGCCAGCCAGCCAGGAUCCACCAUUGAGUCCGGUGCUGCCCCUUAGCCAGGUGCUGUCCCGUAGCCCGGUGCUGCCCCUUAUCCUGGUGCUGCCUCUUAGUCCGGUGCUGCCCCUUAGCCAGGUGCUGUCCCUUAGCCCGGUUCUGCCCCUAAAUCCAGGUGGGGUAAGUUGGAGGGUGGUCAUGUGGAGGAGGCUAGGGAAGCGGGUGGUGACUAAGGUGGGGUGGGGACCACGACCAGGGCCAGAACCGCCACCGUGGACAGACGCCCACCCAGACCCUCCCCUAGACUGUAUGCUGGUGCGCCCGGAGUGCGCACCUUUAGGGGGGGGUACUGUGACACUCUGGCUCCGGGACUUUUGUAUUUGAGCCAGGGUGUAUUUUGUGUUGUUGGGUUUUGGUUUGGUUAUGUUGGGCAUUUGGGUGUAUUUCUAUGUUGGUAGUUCUGUUGUGUGUAUUUCUAGCUUUGGUCAUUGACUCCCAAUCGGAGGUAACGAGUGUCAGCUGUCGGCUCGUUAUCUCUGAUUGGGAGCCAUAUUUAUUCUGUAUGUUUUCUUGUGGGAAUUGUGGGUUUUUGUUCCAGGUUCAGUCAUAGUCACUGUAGGACUUCACUUUCGUCUUUUGUUUUGUAUUGACGUGCUUGUUUAAAUAAAGUCAUCAUGUUCACUCCACGCGCUGCGUAUUGGUCCGCUUCCUCAGACGAUCGUGACAAUGCUGUUGGGGUGCUUUGCUGCAGGAGGGACUGGUGCACUUCACAAAAUAGAUGGCAUUAUGAGGAAGGAAAAGUAUGUGAAUAUAUUGAAGCAACAUCUCAAGACAUCAGUCAGGAAGUUAAAGCUUGGUCGCAAAUGGGUCUUCCAAAUGGACAAUGACCCCAAGCAUACUUCCAAAGUUGUGGCCAAAUGGCUUAAGGACAACAAAGUCAAGGUAUUGGAGUGGCCAUCACAAAGCCCUGACCUCAAUCCUAUAGAAAAUGUGUGGGCGGAACUGAAAAAGCGUGUGCGAGCAAGGAGGCCUACAAACCUGACUCAGUUACACCAGCUCUGUCAGGAGGAAUGAGCCAAAAUUCACCCAAAUUAUUGUGGGAAGCUUGAGGAAGGCUACCCGAAACGUUUGACCGAAGUUAAACAAUUUAAAGGCAAUGCUACCAAAUACUAAUUGAGUGUAUGUAAACUUCUGACCCACUGGGAAUGUGAUGAAAGAAAUAAAAGCUGAAAUAAAUCAUUCUCUCUACUAUUAUUCUGACAUUUCACAUUCUUUAAAUAAAGUGGUGAUCCUAACUGACCUAAAACAGGGAAUUGUUACUAGGAUUAAAUAUCAGGAAUUGUGAAAAACUGAGUUUAAAUGUAUUUGGCUAAGGUGUAUGUAAACUUCUGACUUCAACUGUAUAUACACCGGAUGAAUGUAUGUUGAAAUGUUGUUUUGGGAUUAAGUUCAUUUUCAUGGCAAAGAGGGACUUUGCAAUUAAUUGCAAUUAAUCUGAUCACUCUUCAUAACAUUCUGGAGUAUAUGCAAAUUGCCAUCAUAAAAACUGAGGCAGCAGACUUUGUGAAAAUUAAUAUUUGUGUCAUUCUCAAAACAUUUGACCACGACUGUACAUAGGGCAGCAGUCUCUAAGGUGCAGGGUAGAGUACCUGGUGGUAGCCGGCUACUAGCUAGUAACAUACACAUUCCUAAUGCAAGGAGACAUGAGGGUUUGCCUAGAUUUCACGUCAAUAUGUAAACCAAUUUCUGUCCAAUCUCUUUGCCACUCCGUCUGUUAUUCAGACCGGGAGCCAAAUAGAAAAUGAAAGAUGUUUGUAUGGAGUUUAUUCCCCCAAUCUGUGCAAAACAUAUGAUUAGGGAAGAAUAUGUAACUUAGUUUGGGAUAUUAUUAUCAUUCUCCUGCAUUAAAGUUUUUGACAUUUAAGUGAAACAAUUCCACUACAUCUGGCUUGAAUUAGAAAAGUGUCUACAUAAUUAUAUGUUAUAACAGAUUCUCUGAACAGAAUUUUCCGUCCGCAUCCCAUAGUUUUAUUGUGUUGCAGUUGAGUGCUGUUGCAUCAAUGUAAAACACUACACAGACACAAACGUAUAGUGCUUUAUAAUUAUACUGGUGGGAACACGGUUACUCUGGUCUACCCCCCCUGUUUUUGUUAAGUUUGAGCAGUUUGGAUCAAGUAGAAAAUGUCUGGGUCUACUUCAUAUAAUGCCCCCAAGCUAUGGGUUAUUGAACCUCUGAGGCCUGAAGAUAUAGCCUGUUCCCAGAUCUGUUUGUGCUUUCAGGCCAAACAUGACAAUGAGUGACAAGGAGUUGACAUGGUAGCACAAACAGAUCUGGGACAAGGCUGCUGAAGAUAUGGAACAUGUGAACACUGCUGAAAAGAGUGUGCAGGCCAGGAGGGAAUGUAAGGCCACAGUUACUCCAGCUCUUACUCACUAUUAAGAAGUGAUCUUGGAUUCCUUCUUGGAGUUGUGGAGGGAAAUGCUCCCAUGUGCUCGGGAGGUUGGAGAGUGCUGAUGCUAAGCCGUCGUUUUUGGUGGUUUGGUCAUGGCAGCAGGAUCUAGCCUCGCGGCAGAAUGUCCUUGUAAGGGCCUCUUAAAAACACAAGAUAUCAUGUUUUCCACUCAACAAAACUUCCAUCAUUUGAGUCUUUGGAACAAUGUUGAGUUCCAUCUUUAAAUUUCAAUUUGGUGCUAUUGCUAUAACAAUAUAACUUUUUUCAUUCAGUGUUAGUCAAAUAAAAUGUAUAGUCUUUAACGUAGGUAUUUACUGCAGAUUUGUGACAGUGAAUGCUCUGUAACAGGUAGGAAAUCGUGUGAGGUGGAGCGGGGGGUUCAGAAACUGGACUUGACCGGGAAGAGAAGGGUACAGCUGAGAGCUGGGUCAGAGAUGAACCUCAUCACUGCAGGGAAGAAAGCCAAAUGUACUUCCUUCAGACAGUCUCUGGCCUUCUGUACAGAACGGGCACAGGUAAGGCAACUCUACACUGCCACCCAUAACCCUGUUAUGCUAUCCAUAGAGGUCUUAUCCCUGAAAAUAUCCAGGGCCCAUAUUCAUAAAGUGUCUUAGAGUAGAAGUGCUGAUCUAGGAUCUGGUCCCACAUGUCCAUAUAAUCUUAUUCAUUAUGAUCUAAAAUGAAAAACUGAUCUUAGAUCAGCACUCCUUCUUUGAGAAGCUUUGUGGCACAAUGCUGCCACUUGCUGUUCGGAAUGCUCAACACAACACUAGUGUGUUAAACUGAAAAUACAAAAGGCUUCAUAGUGUGACAUGGUGUCCAAAUAGAAUUGGUUGAAUUAUUAAGGUGACUCGUUAAUAAAUCAUGGGGAAAACGUCAACAAGGAAAUGUUUCAUCUUCUCUCCAGUUGUAGGUUGGACACAUUUUAUCCCUUUAUUCCAUUCUUGUCUAACAGAAUGUCUGUGUAAAAUGCCUUUCCCGCUCAUGUUUGUACAGAUGCCUGUGUGUUGAGAAGCAAUUAGCCUACAGUGCACAUAAAUAGUCUAUCCCCCUCUUUAGAUACAAUGACCAGAGGACCAGAUCAAACAUAUGGCCCUUGCUAUCAUUAGCCUCAAAUAAAUCCUCUUCCUGCAGAGCUUGAAAGGGUUCUUGGGCCGACCAAAGUUGUUUGACAUAUUGUAAACAAAUCCAACUUAACAAUACCAAUCUGCAUAUCAAAACUUGGUACGCUCCAGGCAGAAGAAAAAGGAAUCUACUGCUACUACUCUUCUGACCACUACGUCAUUGCAUUGGAGUAUGUGUUUUAUAUCCUCUUGGCUGGGUCACUUUGAUAUUGUGGUGAAGUUGACCCCAUGCUCCUGUCAGCAUGGGUCUUCUCUAAAGUCUGUGCUCAUUUUAUUGGCCUUGUCUCCACAGGGUGGGUUCUUCACUCCGCUACUGCGAAGGACCGCCUCCGCUAAAAACUCAUUGAAAAGAGCCCCCUCCGCCCUAUUUAUUGAGCAUGGCAAGGUGUUUCAGAGAAAGAAGGUACGUUUUGACCUAAAUGGUCCGAUAAUCUUCUAAUCAUAUCAAGACAAUUAAAUUAAGGAAUAUACACUACCGUUCAGAAGUUUGGGGUAGUGUAUAAUGGAAUAUCUACAUAGGCGUACAGAGGCCCAUUAUCAGCAACCAUCAGUCCUGUGUUCCAAUGGCACGUUGUGUUUGCUAAUCCAAGUUGAUCAUUUUAAAAGGCUAAUUGAUCAUUAGAAAACCCUUUUGCAAUUAUGUUAGCACAGCUGAAAACUGUUGUGCUGAUUAAAGAAACAAUAAAACUGGCCUGAACUUUUGAACGGUAGUUUAAGUCAAAGGAAUAUGUCAAGUAAGUAUAAUUGUUCAAUUAAAUGUACCAUGUGUUCUUUUUUUCUUAUUAUUUUUGUAGGAGUGGGAGACAAAGGCCUCUACUUAAUACUAUACUGGUCGUUUCGGUAACAAUUAUCUUGUAUACAUUUUCUAUCAAACAUCUUUGUCAUCAGAAAUGUCAUCCGUCCUGAUGAUAAUACAAUACACUAUACUUCCGAAAUGGCACCCCUUUCCCUAUUGAAAAGUAGUGCACUAUAUAGGG